AACAUAGUUGAGUAGAUAACUCUAACUUAAGGAUGCAGAAAUUGCGUGUUUGCUACUGCACUCCGAGAUUUACGAAUUGAUCUCGUCUUCCCCGUGUUUUUAAAAGGCCCACCCAGCAGGAAAGGAAUCCGGGAAGUGAGGGCUGGGAAUAGGAAGAGCGCGCUGAGUGAUAAACGGGGAUUUCAACGAUGAGUCGUAUUUAUGACAAUACAGCCCUUCAAAAUAAAGUCGUGAACAACGAGAAACUACAAACGGCGUGGAGCCCUUCCCAGUAUCAGAGUGGUCCUGGGAUCAUCUUGGAAGGAGAGCUAAUUGAUUUGUCUCGUCAUUCAAUCACAGAUAUCAGCAAUCAGAAGACUCGCUAUUAUGUCCUCUACAUUAAACCCAGCCGAGUUCAUCGGAGAAAGUUUGAUGGAAAGGGAAAUGAAAUUGAGCCCAACUUCAGUGACACCAAAAAAGUCAACACUGGCUUUCUUAUGUCAUCCUACAAGGUUGAGGCUAAAGGUGAGACUGACAAACUCUCUGUUGAAGAACUAAAAGCAUCAGUUGAAAAGGGUGAUCUGGUGAAAAUUACCGGAAAACACACACCUACCCAGACAAUAGCAUUCUGGAUUUCAGAGGAAGAAAUGUUGAAGACAGAGCUUGAAGAAGGGCAACAUGUCCGUUUAAAAACAAAAGGAGAUGGACCUUUCAUAUUUUCUUUUGUCAAGCUGGACUCUGGCGCAGUCACUAAAUGUAACUUUGCUGGAGAUGAAAAGGCUGGAGCUUCAUGGACUGAUAAGAUAAUGGCCAACAAGUCCAGUAGUGCAGGUGGAACCGAACCUUUAGGACAUGGGGAUGGUGCAGAUGAAGAUGAAUGGGAGGACUGAUGCCAUAAUUUUCUUACUUGGAAGCAGCUUCAUCUAUUUUUAACCGAAAUAAACCAAAUUCUGUAUUUUUUUUUCCUUUUGGUUCUCUCUGUAAUUCAUCACAGACUUUUGUUUUGCACAGAACAAAUAAUCCUAUUACAGUGCAGUGUGAAGGCAGCGGUGGUGUCAGGCCCAAAAUGGUUUUAAAAAAAUGUACGAUUCUGAGUGUUAAAGUAUUGUGACUAAUAUAAAUAUUGUUUCUUUUGAAUUGAAUUCCUUGAAAAUGUUAAUAUUUUUGAUGUAUUUUUUAGCAAAUACAUUUCAUGUUUCCCAACAGUUUUAUAUGAAAUUGUAUUUUUUAAUUUUAAAUAUUUGUACAUGGGUGGCGCAGUGGGUAGCGCUGCUGCCUCGCAGUUGGGAGACCUGGGGACCUGGGUUUGCUUCCCGGGUCCUCCCUGUGUGGAGUUUGCAUGUUCUCCCCGUGUCUGCGUGGGUUUCCUCCGGGCGCUCCGGUUUCCUCCCACAGUCCAAAGACAUGCAGGUUAGGUGGAUUGGCGAUUCUAAAUUGGCCCUAGUGUGUGCUUGGUGUGUGGGUUUGUUUGUGUGUGUCCUGCGGUGGGUUGGCACCCUGCCCAGGAUUGUUUCCUGCCUUGUGCCCUGUGUUGGCUGGGAUUGGCUCCAGCAGACCCCCGUGACCCUGUGUUCGGAUUCAGCGGGUUGGAAAAUGGAUGGAUAUUUGUACAUGUAAAAAUGUCAGAUUUGAAGUGAAUGCCAAUGGUGGGACGUUAUUUAAUGUGGACUGAUUUUGCUUUAAGGCCACUAAGUUUCUUAGUAUGUUCCCUACUUUUUAGGAAUUUUGAUCAAUAGUGUUGCAUUAUAAUGAUUUAGAAAAGCCAUGUAUUGGUAAUUCAUGUGAAGAAGAGCCAUUUUCUCAGGCUGAGACCAUACAUGCUGGGGUUGUCAUUUUGCACUUUGCUAAUUAAUGAAUUAGCUGGACCAGAAUAUCUAGCAUUACAAUAAGGCUGGUCUGCAGGGUGUUUUUUUCUUUGACUUUUUAUAGAUAAAACAAAUACAUUUGCUUGGCGAUCUUUACCAUUACAGUUACAAUUUUUUUAACAAAAGUUUUGAUAUUUUUAUUUUUGUGUUUAUGUAUGUCUUGCAUAAAUAAGAAAAAUAUGACAAAUUUGUAACUUUUGUAAUGCCCUUAGCUAUAGGUCCAAAAACAUCUUCUGAGUUGCAGGAGUUGAGAAGAUCAGCUCACAUCUUCUGCUUUUAGGUGAGCCUGUGGACCCUGAGACUAAACAGAUCAUCAGGUUCAAAGCUACAGUUAGUGAAGCAGCUUUAGGAAUCUGUAACCUGAUGAUGAGAAAACUCUACAGCUCCACUGUGAGGGGGAAGCUGGGAAAUGAAAGAAAAUAGCUUUCUAAACAUUCAUUGCUAGGUGGUCCCCUCAUUCUGCUGUGACAUGAUGUCAAAGUGAAUGUUCAGCACGUGGAGGAUAUGUAAAAUGUUGUGGGGAGCAUUUUUCUGACAGGUUGUUUGACACCUUAAAAUGAGAAAUCCAGAACUUAUCUGGGAGAUAAUGAGAUUCCCAAUAGUGUAAAGGAAUGAACACAGCCCUGGUGUAAAUAAACAAUAUCAUUCUGCAUUCCACUUCAUUCACGGUGUGUCUUCUGAGGGUACUAUUGUAGCUUUUCAGUUUGUGAAUUGCAAAAACCUGAUUGAGACACUGGAAGGAUUAAAGGGCCACGGAGUAACAUCCUUUACCUUUUUGCAGACAAAUGUCCCUGUGGUCUCAUGCAACUGUAAGCUCAAGUAAUUAACCAUAACCUACCUUAAUUUAAGAGCAAGCUGGCAUAUUACAGUUUUCCACCAGAAAAGAGACACAGUGCCCAGAAGGUUAUGAUACUACCAAGAGCAUGGUAGAUGAUCCAUGAAAGGUGGCAUGGUAUACACCUUCGCACAUUCUAGGAUGCUAUGGCCAUUUAUAGGCAGCCAAGAUAUUCAAUUAGUAUUCAAUAUGUCACUGUGGUCUGUGUUUCCAAUAAGCUUUACAGUCCUGUAACCUGCUCAGGAAGUGCAAUGCUUCCACAUACCAUUUCUAUUUAUCAUAUGUUACGUGGUCUGUUUAACCUUUUCAUUAUACAUUCCAUCGGUUAUUUUAUUUAUUGCACUGUUGCAAACUAUUUCUUGGGAUCUGCCAGGAAAAACACUGAUGUGGUGCUUUGUUCCCAGAGAUCUUCUAGCAUGUUGGUGGUGUUACUUAAAAACUGAUUGGUUUAUUGUGUUAUAUUAAAUUUGAGAAAAAGUGUAACCAUACCCUGGCAUUUGAAACCCCACAACAGCUGCUGACCUGUUCAACACUGUGGCUUUUGAGCUGCAGCACUCCAUAACCACCCACCUCCAAACAUCUACAGGCAGCAAUAGCAGCUUGACAAACUGAGCGAACUACUGCGUUCAUCUCUGUCAAAUUUUGUGCAGGUCUUCAGCAGUUACAAGUGUAGAUCUGUGUGCUGAAAAUGCUUUAAUACAAGCCAAGUAUAAAAUGA